CUGAACUCCAACCCUCGCUCUCUCUAUCAGCUUCUCAUUCCGUCUCAAUAUGUCUCAAGAUGGCGGCCAAUGCGGGAUCAAUGUUUCAAUAUUGGAAGCGUUUUGAUUUACAACAACUGCAGAGAGAACUAGACGCCACCGCCACACAGCUCGCCAACAGACAGGAUGAGAGCGAACAGUCCAGGAAGAAACUCAUCGACCAGAGCCGCGACUUCAAGAAGAACACGCCGGAGGAUGUAAGAAAACAGGUGGCUCCCCUGCUCAAGAGUUUCCAGGGAGAGAUCGAUGCCUUGAGCAAAAGAAGUAAAGAAGCAGAAGGUUCCUUCUUGAACGUCUACAAGAGAUUGAUAGAUGUUCCAGACCCCGUCCCUGUACUGGAGUUGGGUCAGCAGUUACACCUGAAGCUCCAGCGGAUGCACGACAUCGAGACAGAGAACCUCAAACUCAGAGAGACUCUAGAGGACUACAACAAAGAGUUUGCCGAGGUCAAGAACCAGGAGGUGACUAUUAAAGCCCUGAAGGAGAAGAUCCGGGACUAUGAGCAGUCCCUGAAGAACCAGGCUGAGAACCUGGUCCAGGAGAAACAGGUCCAGCUCCACAAUGACUAUGCAGAGAAGGAGAGAACGCUCCAGGAGAGCCAGAACUCCAUGUCCUCUAAGCUGGUUGAGGCUGACCACAAGGCCCAGGCCUUACAGACAGCUCUUGAAACAACUCAGGCAGAGCUCUUUGAUCUGAAGACUAAGUAUGACGAGGACUGCACAGCCAAGGCCGAUGAGAUUGAAAUGGUGAUGACAGAUCUGGAGAGAGCCAAUCAGAGAGCCGAGGCAGCACAGAGGGAGGCGGAAGCUCUGAAGCGGAGCAGGCUGACCUCUCUAACCAAUCCCUGCAGCUGGACCACCCACAUUCAGCCCACCCCAGACACGGACCAGGCGGUGGAGGCCCUGUCCCGUUCCAGUCUGGAGGCAGAGCUGGGGGCCAAGGACAGGGAGAUGGUUCAGCUGGUGGAAGAUGUUCAGAGACUGCAGGCCAGCCUGUAACUCAGAGAGAGUUCCAGCACACAGAUUACACAGCUGCAACUACAGCUCAGCACCAAGACGGCCAGCCUCAAGCAACUGGGGGAAAAGCUACAGGAACAUGCUGACUAUGAAGAGGUGAAGAAAGAGCUGAGCAUCCUCAAGUCUAUGGAGUUUGGCCCAACUGACAGCUCAGUGCAGGACAUGUCUAAACCCCUAGAAGUGUUGUUGUUGGAGAAGAACCGUAGUCUGCAGUCUGAGAGUUCCUCUCUGCGCAUCGCCAACACAGAGCUGAGCGGACGCUACGCAGACCUGCAGCUGGAGUUCUCGUCUGCGGUCCGGACCAGCGCCGAGCAGAAGGAGCUCAUCCUCAAACUGGAACACGACCUGAGCAGCAUCCAGACCAUGUCCUCCCUGUCACGCCCUGAUGCUGAGGGGUCUGACCUGACCAGCAUGAUUGACAGCAUCCCUGAGCCAAUCAGAGAGGCCACUGCCAUGUUUACAGGUAUGGCCCCCCAGGGGGAGCUGCCUCAAGGCCAGAUGGACUCUCUCCUCUCCAUAAUCUCCAGCCAGAGAGAGAGGUUCCGCUCACGCAACCAGGAGCUGGAGGCUGAGAGUCGUUCCGUGCAGGUGACCAUGCAGGCCCUGCAGAGUGAGCUGGACAGCCUGCGUGCCGACAACAUCAAACUCUACGAGAAGAUCAAGUUCCUCCAGAGCUACCCUGGCAGGGCUGGAGGCAGUGAUGACACGGUUACGGUGCGUUACUCCUCCCAGUAUGAGGAGAGACUGGACCCCUUCGCCUCCUUCAGCAAAAGGGAACGCCAGCGCAGAUACCUGAGCCUCAGCCCCUGGGACAAGGUUACCCUCAGCCUGGGUCGUGGUAUUCUCUCCAACAAGAUGGCCAGAACCAUUGCUUUCUUUUACACCCUCUUCCUGCAUUGCCUGGUCUUCCUGGUGCUGUAUAAGACUGCCUGGAGUGAGAGCAUCGGUCGAGACUGCUCUGCCUUCUGUGCUAAGAAGUACUCGGAUCACCUGCAUCGUUUCCAUGAGAACGGGGACAACCUGUGAUGUCAACAGGGAUGUCAACAAGUCGUGGCGAGACUAAGGACAGACUGGAAUAGCAGCUUUAUGUUCUCCAGUAGAUGCUUUUACCCACUGUGGGGUGUGCUUACUCUCUGCUUUUGGGGGAGGGGGGGGAGACUAAAGGGAGGUGGCUGACAUGCAAAGUUAUAUUUAAUUUUCCAAUUAGGUUAAGAGUUUUGGUUAAGGUUAGGGUUAAUGUAAAGGUCAGUUAUAGAUGUUGGCUAGUCAGGCUGUCAGAAAAAGGGCUGUCCCCUUAGGCUCUCUCUCCCCAGCUCUCUCCCCAGCUCUCUCCCCAGCUCUCUCCCCAGCUCUCUCCCCAGCUCACUCCCCAGCUCUCUCCCCAGCUCUCUCCCCAGCUCUCUCCUCAGCUCUCUCCCCAGCUCUCUCCCCAGCUCUCUCCCCAGCUCUCUCCCCAGCUCUCUCCCCAGCUCUCUCCCCAGCUCACUCCCCAGCUCUCUCCUCAGCUCUCUCCCCAGCUCUCUCCCCAGCUCUCUCCCCAGCUCUCUCCCCAGCUCUCUCCCCAGCUCUCUCCUCAGCUCUCUCCCCAGCUCUCUCCCCAGCUCUCUCCCCAGCUCUCUCCCCAGCUCUCUCCCCAGCUCUCUCCCCAGCUCUCUCCCCAGCUCUCUCCUCAGCUCUCUCCCCAGCUCUCUCCCCAGCUCUCUCCCCAGCUCUCUCCCCAGCUCUCUCCCCAGCUCUCUCCUCAGCUCUCUCCCCAGCUCUCUCCCCAGCUCUCUCCCCAGCUCUCUCCCCAGCUCUCUCCCCAGUGUCAAGGCAUAGAAACUAACUGCUUAUGAAAGAGCAUUUAGCCAAGUUUGUCAGACAUUUUGUCAUACCUUAGACCAUGUUGUGUGAAAAUAUCAAACUUUGAUUUAAAGAGUGAACUAUCGAUCUAAGGUCUUGGAUAGUCCUCUGCUACCUUAACAUUGAUAUAUUAAAGAAUAACGUUAAUUAACUAAAGACAAUAAUUUUUAAGAGAAGUUGAGAAUCUGUUUUUGAUCUAAAUGGAUUAAAGUUUAAAUUGAACUUAACGACGGUAUCUUACCAUUUCCUAGUACCAAAGGGAUCAAUAUGUUUUAGUUUUGCUAUAUUCUGUCCCAGCCUGUAGUCUCCAAUACUGAUAUUAUUAAACUAAUGAUUUUGAUGAAUGAAGAAGUGAUUGACAAGAGGGGUGUUUUGUUUUCCUUUGAUUCGGGUCAUUUUUAGGGUGUUGAGGAAUAUUGUGAAAGUACUUGUGUAUUUGUCAAAGGAUUUGAAUAUUACAAUUGCUAUACAACUUAAGAGAUCAUGUUUAAAGAUGAAGUACCAUCUCUGGCUUUUACAUUUCCCUCUUUGAGAUUACAUAGUUCAGUCAAAUGGGAAGAAUUAUCACAGCACCUGUAAUUGCUAUAAAUCUGAAUUAUCACAGCACCUGUAAUUGCUAUAAAUCUGAAUUCUCACAGCACCUGUAAUUGCUAUAAAUCUGAAUUAUCACAGCACCUGUAAUUGCUAUAAAUCUGAAUUAUCACAGCACCUGUAAUUGCUAUAAAUCUGAAUUCUCACAGCACCUGUAAUUGCUAUAAAUCUGAAUUAUCACAGCACCUGUAAUUGCUAUAAAUCUGAAUUAUCACAGCACCUGUAAUUGCUAUAAAUGUGAAUUCUCACAGCACCUGUAAUUGCUAUAAAUGUCUGAAUUGAACUCGAUUGGCAGUAUGGUUUAACUUGUAUCUUAUGUUGAAGUGUACCUGUGUCAUGACAUGCUGUUGUUUUCUUAGGGUGGGUGUCCAGGCAGGGACAUUGUUUCUAGCCAGAUGAAUAGGAGUGAUGUGGUUGUGUUGAGGGGUCUUUGGCUCCUAGAUUGAUGGAUUUGGACAGAUGACAUCACACGGGUCAUGAUUUCUGUUGCAGUAGUUCACAAUGAAGGAUUGCUGAGUCUCAUGUGAUUGACUAUUAUGAUGAAAUAGAUUCCUAUAUUCCAACCACCUCCCUCCACUUGCUAUUAGGACAUGUAUUAACUUGAGCUGCAGACCAUAUAUCACUCUCAUCACCAUUCGCUAUCAUUCUAAAUAAACUCUAUGCAUUUA